AUGGGAUUUCCGGUUGGGUAUCCGGAGGUGCUGGUUCCGAAACUCUUCCUCCACGUGCUCUCUCUCCUCGCGUGGCUCCGCUCGCUCGUCACUGCGCUCUUCCGCCUCCUCCGCCUCUCCGACCUCCUCGACACCGACUCCGCCUCGCUCGCCUGGCCUCCGGAGUCCCCGUCGCCGCGCGUCCCGACGCUCUCCGCACUCCUCAUCCGCGAGUUUCUUCCCGUGGCGGCGUUCUGCGACCUCUCCGGCGCUGGCGAUUGUCCUCCCUCGCCGACGGGAUGCGCUGUGUGUUUGAGCGAGUUCUGCGCGGAGGAGGAAAUCAGGUGCAUGGAGAACUGUAAGCACAUGUUCCACCGCGCGUGUGUGGACCGUUGGAUCGAUCACGAUCAGAAGACAUGUCCUUUGUGUAGGACACCGUUCGUGCCCUACCACAAGCUGGAGGAGUAUAACCAGCGACUAUGGGCAGCUUCUGGAAUUGCGCAGUUUUAUCAAGAGGAUUACACACCUUCUAUCUGA